AUGACAGCUACAAAAGUCCUUCAGAGCGGGUUUUAUUGGCCGACUCUCUUCAGGGACUCAAGAGCAUUUGUGAAGCACUAUGGCAGAUGUGAAAAAGCUGCAAAUCUCCCUGCCAACCAUGAAAUGCCACAGCAGGGAAUUCUUGAGGUUGAGUUGUUUGAUGUGUGGGGUAUUGAUUUCAUGAGACCUUUCCCACCCUCACAUUCAAACAACUAUAUUCUAGUGGCAGUUGACUAUGUGUCCAAGUGGGUGGAAGCUGUGGCUUCGCCCACCAAUGAUGCCAAAGUGAGAUAUGGAGUCCGUCAUAAAGUGGCAACCCCCUAUCAUCCUCAGACAAGUGGACAGGUUAAAGUUUCCAACAGGGAACUUAAGAGGAUUCUAGAGAAGACCGUCAGUGUUUCAAGAAAGGACUGGUCUAGGAAGCUUGAUGAUGCUCUCUGGGCAUACCGGACAGCAUAUCUGAAUCUUGAUUCAGAAGCUGCAGGAAUCAAGCAAAUGGUUCAGCUGCAUGAGCUUGAUGAAUUCAGAUAUUCAGCCUAUGAGAAUGCCAAGCUCUAUAAGGAGAGAACCAAGCUACUGCAUGACAAGAAGAUUGCUAUCAGAGUCUUUGAGCCAGGACAAAGAGUGCUUCUAUAUAAUUCAAUACUCAAAUUCUUUCCCGGGAAGCUGAAAUCCCGAUGGUCAGGACCGUUUGUGGUUACCAGAGCUUCACCAUAUGGUCAUGUGGAAAUACAAGAAGUGAAUUCUGAUAGGAAAUUUAUAGUGAAUGGCCAGAGGUUGAAGCACUAUCUUGGAGGCAAGAUUGAUUGCCAGAGGUCCACUAAUCUACUGAACUAG